AUGUUUCGCGCAGCCUUGGGGCGCGCCUGCGCCCAAGCUCAAAAGCUCGUACCAGCACAGCGCCAGGCCUGGACACGAUCAAUAUACAGCAACAAUGGCCGACCAACACUGCGCCCACGAUACAACAAUACCAAUGUCGAUCUCUUCACCAUCCCUCAUACCCGCCACCUCACCAUCGCCCAGAAGAUCCGCAUGAAAUACCGCGAAGCGUCCAAGGGCGUCUUCCGCAAGAAUCCCGUGCUGCUUCCCUUGGCCAUUUUCUCCGUGGUCGGCGGUAUCGCCGUUUUCGCAUACGUUUCUUACGUGGAAGUCACCCGCGUCCAGCCCCAAUAUCACAAGUUCCCCCAGCAAGUCGCUGACCAGCUCCGUACGGCGGUGUAUUAUACCGAGAUCGACUUGAACCCGCCCAAGGCUUUGAAGGCGUAUAAGGAGGCACUUCGGACCGCUGUGGAGAUGGGCAUGCAUCCGUUCUCGGAUGAGGUGCUGGGUAUUAAGUUGCAGGUCGCGAUGAUGCUGGAAAAAUCCGGACUGGUCAAGCCUGCGGUUGAGGUGCUGGAGAGGACGAAGACGGAAGCUUUGAAAUGGAUUGAGGAAGGUCGUAAGGCUGAGUCUGCAUUGGCGGAUAAGUCGAAGGCAGGACAAGCGCCCGUGAAGGCGAAUGUCUCGCCGGAGAAUGCCCAGAUCAACGAAGACGACCUGCAGGAUGCUGAGAAGCGAUUGAAGGAGAUGCAGGAGUUUGAGGCGAAGCAGCGUGACCGGGCCUUGAAAAAGGUCGUCGGAAUCGAGAUGAAGCUCGCCGAGUUAUACUCAAGCGAGUAUAUCCAAGAUGAGAAGAAGGCCGAGGACGCACAGGUCGCUGCUGUCGAGCUAUGCCUGAAGGAAAUGCACCGCCGACAAUCGCUGGGCUUGCCCGUUGGUGGGGCAGCUGGUGAAGGCGAUAGCGAGGCAUGGCUGAACAUUACCGAGAUUGCCACAGCACUCGCCGAACUCGCGGAUACCUACACUGCAAAGGACCGCAGCGAACUUGCCAUGCCGCUGUAUCUACGCGCAUUAGAAAUGAUCCGCGUUGCCGAAGGCGACUCGCCUUCCUGCAAGCAAGUCGUGCUGCUGAACAGUGUCGCCAGCGCCAUGGCUGGUCAAGCGCAGGUGCCAGCCAAACCUCGCUCACAGGAGAAGCAGACUGUCUCGCGGGAGCAAACCAUCGACGCUGCCCGGCAGUGGGCUCAGAAAGCCAUUGAUGUCGCUGCGCGUAUCCAGCCACCUGUGCGCAAUGAGGAGUGCGAUAUGACUUGUGUGGCUGCUACUUAUAACUUGGGUGAGAUUGCCGAACUUCAGAAUAAGCCGGACGUCGCUCAGCAGCGCUAUACAGAGGCCAAGUCGUUGGCCCAGGGCUUGGGCUACGAGGAGGGAGUUACUAUGGCUGAUGAAGGCUUGAAGAGACUCAAAAAAUAA